GCUACUAGCUACGUAGAAACGGAAGUAACUAGCAAUUCGAAAAGAAGUAGCUAGCUAGCUAGCAUCCUCAAACACUUCACAUAAAAAAUGCCGGAGUUAGCGGUAGAAAAUGUGGUUGUCCAUCCACUUGUGUUGCUCAGCGUGGUGGAUCAUUUUAAUAGGUAUGUAAUUAAUAAUAUAUCUGUUUGGAAAUCACAUCCAUUCGCUACCUCUUUGCUAGGUUGCCACUUUUUGUACGAGAUGAUGAUGUUGCAGCCAGGCUUAGCUUGCUCGUUAGCUGGCCAGCUAACCUGCUGAGUCAGAAACCCAUUUGAAGCUUUGUAUUUGUUAGCAAUGACAGUAGCAUAGCUAGCUAGUUUAUUUUGGCUAGUCAAUUGUAGUAACAGGCAAAUAGCAAGCAACAUUAACUGAUAGAAAAAAAUUGAAUUGAAAAACAUCUGUUUAGUCAUAUCCAUAGAGCACAAGCCACAACAUCAUUAUGGAUCAGAUUAGUUAGCUAGCUAACUUAGCCAGGGAUAAAGUACUGUAGUUAGCUUGUUCAGGUGUUCCCAAACUUUCUCCACUCAGGCCCCCCUUCCAGCAUUGGGUAACAUCCCGCGCCCCCUACGUUUAUUUUUAUGGGGACAAGCACUGUUUAUAAUAAUAUAAUAUAAUAAUAUGCCAUUUAGCAGACGCUUUUAUCCAAAGCGACUUACAGUCAUGCGUGCAUACAUUUUUUUUUUGUGUGUAUGGGUGGUCCCGGGGAUCGAACCCACUACCUUGGCGUUACAAGCGCCGUGCUCUACCAGCUGAGCUACAGAGGACAAACUGUUUACACCCCUCUUGUUGUCGGAGAGAAGGUUUUGCAUGUUUAAAGUUUAUUUCCUGCAAUUCUACACAUUUUGUCAUGGGAUGCAGAGAACAUUUUGCAGUUGCAUAGCUCAUUUUCUUGCAAUUCUAUACAUUUUGCCAUGUCUUUUUAUUGUAUUUAUUUCACCUUUAUUUAACCAGGUAAGCCAGUUGAGAACAAGUUCUCAUUUACAACUGCGACCUGGCCAAGAUGUGUAUUCAUGUGAUAUGAGUGACUCAAACAUUACAACAAAAUCUAUGGGCUAAAAAACCUAGCCAAAGAGCGUUAGCUGACAUGGGCUAGUUGAUCUGGACAUUUCUGACAAGUUAUAAAUAGCUCUCUGAAAACUGAUGAUGCACUUCCCAAUUUCGAAAUUGCACCUUGUGCAUUCUACUAUUACAACUUUCAAGAGUAAGUGGAAAGCCGGACUGAGUCCCCCCUGCGUUUGGGAAUCACUGAGCUAGUUAACUAGGUAGCUAGUUAUGUUAACUUUCUUAAAGAUGCUCUCUCAAGUGUUUGUAUAAUUUCAGCCAGUAAUUUUGAAAGUGGUACUCAUGAGCCAAAAGUGGUCCCAGUUUUGUGUACUACAUCAUCAUAUUGCGUACAUCCAUUUCUUAUGUUAUGUCCUGCACAUUUUAAAAAUCUAAGUUUGUUUAUUUUGCAAUUCAUAUAUGUUACGAAUCCAAUUCAUACUAUAUGUUACGAUUUUGUUGUGCUUAAGAUCCUGGAGUGCAUCUUUAAGUUAGUUCCACUAAGACAUCCUAUGAUAUUGAUUGUGUAAAUGUGCUGUUUUGACAGAAUAGGGAAAGUAGGCAACCAAAAGCGAGUAGUGGGUGUCCUCCUCGGCUCUUGGCAUAAGAAAAUCCUUGAUGUGUCCAACAGCUUUGCAGGUGAGUUCUUCUCUUUUCAUGUACUAAUAUAACGUGUUUGUUGCUCGUUUAUAACAUCCUUAUUAUAUUUGUGAUAGAACUAAAAUAAUAAUUAUGAUCACUGAACAUUUAGCUAUAUAGCUAUGCCUGUUGUUGGAUCCAAUAUUGAUUGUGUUUUUUUCUCCAGUGCCUUUUGAUGAGGAUGACAAGGAUGAUUCAGUGUGGUUCCUGGAUCAUGACUACUUGGAGAAUAUGUACAACAUGUUCAAGAAAGUCAAUGGUGAGACCACACACUAUACAUUAUUACAGUUUAACUAUAUAAAUUCAGUCUCAUCAACUUCUACAUAGUCUGGCUAUGAGAUUCUUAAACCUUUUCCUUCUCUUCUCUCCAGCCAGAGAGAGGAUAGUGGGCUGGUAUCACACAGGUCCUAAACUACAUAAGAAUGAUAUUGCCAUCAAUGAACUCAUCAAGCAAUACUGCACCAAUUCAGUAAGUGCUUUCCACCCAGUAAAUAUUCCACAUUAAUACCGGUAAGAAAUAUUUGUCUCAUCUCCUGUUGAAAUGAUUAAAUUGUAUUGAUAAUGCAGCAGAUAAUUAAUUGAACAUUGACUGUUUGUAUGGCACUUUCCCCCUCAGGUAUUAGUGAUCAUUGAUGUAAAGCCUAAGGACCUGGGCCUGCCUACAGAAGCCUACUUCUCUGUGGAGGAAAUACAUGACGUAAGUGGAGCAUAAUACAUGAUGUAAGUGGAGCAUAAUACAUGACGUAAGUGGAGCAUAAUACAUGACGUAAGUGGAGCAUAAUACAUGACGUAAGUGGAGCAUAAUACAUGACGUAAGUGGAGCAUAAUACAUGACGUAAGUGGAGCAUAGACUUGUUUGAGACUAAAUUACAAAAUAAGUCAAACCCUGGACCAGCCAACCCUGGGGGAUCUGUGCUGAUUUUGGACUGGGCAUACAAGUGAUCACUGUGAAAGAAAGGAAGACGUUUACUCUAAAAGGGUUCUUGUUUCUUCACUCUUCCAGGACGGCACCCCGACCUCCAAAACAUUUGAACAUGUGACCAGUGAGAUUGGAGCCGAGGAGGCAGAGGAGGUAGGCGUGGAGCACCUUCUCAGGUACACAUUAUUUUUUAACUGGACUUUGCAGACACAACACAUUUAAUGGAUUUUCAAUUACAGUUUCAUGCUUAACACCACACCGAACAGACUUGCACUAAUGUGGACUCUAAACUUGAUAUAUUCUACCCCAUCUACAGAGACAUCAAGGACACGACAGUGGGUACUCUGUCACAGCGCAUCACUAACCAGGUACAUGGCCUAAAGGGGCUCAACUCCAAGCUACUGGACAUCAGGUCUUACCUGGAGAGAGUGGCUGCAGGAAAGUUGCCCAUCAACCACCAAAUCAUCUACCACCUACAGGACAUAUUCAACCUGCUUCCUGAUGUCAACCUUCUGGUAAGCUGGGGUAUAGUAUGGGGGUGGUUUGUGUGGGAGCAAGGGAGCCGGGGGUGGCAGGCUUGGUAAUCAAUAUUAGCUUUUUUAUUUUGAAAGAGUACACAGACACAUUUUAGUUCUCAAAUCAAACAAAUUCACGUGGGUAUGAUCUACUACUUCAUUACAAUGAACAGAUAGUCUGGCUUUUUCCACCAGAUUUUCCCUGUUUAGUUAAUCAUAAUACACAAUGCCCUAAUCCUGCCACUUCUCCCUGAAGGAGUUCACAAAGGCCUUCUACCUGAAGACCAACGACCAGAUGCUGGUCGUCUACCUGGCGUCCCUCAUCCGCUCAGUGGUGGCUCUCCACAACCUCAUCAACAACAAGAUCUCCAACCGUGAUGCUGAGAGGAAGGAGGGACAGGAGAAGGAAGAGGGCAAGAAGGAGAAGAAAGAGGACAAGGAGAAGAAGGAAGAGAAGGAGAAAGGUGACGCCUCGUCCAAGAAAGAUGAGAAGAAGAAGAAAUGAGUGUGCACUAUUUGUGUGCGUCUUAAGUCAUACCCUAUUCCCCUGGAUAGUGCACUACUUUUGGCCUGAGCCACAUGCGUCUGUGUAUGGGUCUAGCUAAAAGUAGUGCUCUAUAUGGGGGUAUGGUGUCAUUUGAGACUUGCCCUUUGUCAUAACUGGAUCUGAAUAACUAUAGUGCUGAGGGUGACAGGGUGGUUGUGUGUUGGAUGUUCUCUACAAUGAGAACAUGUUUGUUCUGCACCGUCUGGGCUGUGUUCAGUAGGGCACAACGUUACGGAACCUCAGAUAGAAAUCCAUAUUGUAGAACAGACAUGCCUCUCUGACAUGUGAGGAAUCAGGUCAGCUCCAUUCUGGUAUUUCUAUCUACAACGUUCAGUAAAUUGCCCCCUCCUGAAUGUGACCCUGGUGUUGUGUGUGUAUAUAUAUAUAUACAUGGUUGCCUG